AGUGCUGUAUCGAGAAUUCGUAUUUUAGUGUGUCUAGCCGUCGAGUUAGAAGUGAAUAGAUGCUGUGCGUGUGUGGGAGCCAACUUCUUUAUUAGCUUAUUACUCAAUCAAGGGUGUAUAUAGCUCUAAACUAUUUGGUGUACCGUAGCCAAGCAGUUUUGGAAUACUAAAGUCGAUUGACCCUCUUUCAGAAACUACAAUUGAACAGUCUAGCUAACAACACUGCAGUGGAAUUUCGUUAUGGGGAACAGUGACUCUAAGCCGUUGACUUUAAUUGGUCGGUCGUCAAUGAGAAAAGGAAGAAUGUCGUCAGUCUCUUCAAUCGCACAAUGUCCAGGGAGCCCCAAGCUCAAGCCCAAGGACAAACUGCAACUUGAUAGGUACUGGAUUGGAUCAAGCUUUGACAUGCUGUCUCCACCAGGAUUGACAAGAUGCUCCAGUUUGUCUCAUCUACGAUCAAUUGACUCUGUUGAUGGACUCACUAACUACAGCAACCACUUCAACGCCAUGGCCGCUGUACAGGCAUUCAAAACCCACCGUAUUGACCUCCUCAACGUCACAGAUGGUGCACUAAACAUUGUCUCUCAUCUUCUCUCCAAUGAGAUAAUUCCUGAGCCCACUAAAGCAAGAAUCCUCUUUUCUAAUCUACCAAAACUGGAGAAAAGUGAAGCAUUGUUAGAGGCCAUUGAAGCUCGAAUUUUCAUCAAUCCCAAUGUAUUUCACACUGUAGUAGCACUACUGGACACCAAACAAACAUUGCAAAAACUGGCGCAAAAUCUCCGUGUUUCAUUUCGGGAAAACAACGAAUUGUACUCCAUCCACCUCAAGGCGAUCACUCAACCGGCUAUUGUAAGAUACGCAGACUAUCUCAAAGCCUUUUAUCGAUCGAUGUCUCCUUUUCCAAGAUACAAAUGGCCCCAGACUCCGACCACCAAAAAACCGUUCAACCUCAGAUUGCUUGAUGUAUCGUCAUCCCAAUCCAUGGAGCAACCUAUCAGUCUGCAUUGUCUUGUGAAGCCUCCAGAAGGUUGCGACAAAAUCGGCUGUGUCUUUGUACAGGGUGUUCCUGGUGUUGGAAAAAGCUGCCUUACUGUCGAGCUAUGUCGACAUUGGCAUGAUAUUGACCGACUCAACAAGUAUCCGCUCGUGAUGUUGGUGAGAGCACAAGAGAAGACAGCACAAGAUGCUAAAACACUGAAUGAUCUGUUUGUGCAUAGCAAUGCAGGGUUCACGCAAGCCGUUGUUCAAGAGGUCACCAUCAUGAAAGGAGAGGGUAUACUAAUCGUUUUGGAUGGGUUGGAUCAAGUGUCUCUGUCUCCUCUAAGGUCGGUACUGCUGGAGCAAAUCUUAGAAGGAAAGUGUCUACCGAAUGCCACUUUGUUGAUUACAACAAGGACAAACAUGACAUCGAAAUUAAUGUCACUUUGCAAGCGAAAAGUAGAUCGACUUGUGGAACUUAUCGGCUUCACACAAGACGAAAUUGAGCAACACGCUGAGAGCUCCCUUGGUUUUGAUUCAGCGCUCCUGUCUGGCUUCCAUGACUACCUCUCUGUCAGCCCCAUCAUUCAAGGUGCACUGCACGUACCACUAAGCACAGCAAUUGCUGUCGAGGCCUACAAAGAAGCUAGAAGCAGUGGAGAGUCAAGUCCGACUACCUUUACUGAGCUUUACAUGACAUUGGCAAAGCAUCUUUUGCAAUACCAUUUGUUACUGCAAGGCGAAGUAGAUGCAAAUUACGUCUUUCCUGAUAGUCUUGAAACAUUGCCUGCUAAGGUGUACACACAGUUUGUUAAUCUAGCAAAGCAUGCAUUCAACACUCUGGUCAAAGAAAACUCUUCAUGGACAAAGUUGUACAAGAACCAGUAUCAUUUGAGCUUCAUGCUUGGAACACCAGAGCUACAUUGCAGCAAACGGACCACACUCAUGUACAAUUUCACUACUGUACACGUACAAGAACUCCUAGCUGCACAUCAUGUGAAAACCCUUCCUGCUGAAGAACAAACUGACCUCUACCAGAAAUAUUUCAACGAGCCACGUCUUGGAAAUAUUUGGAGGUUUUUUGCCAGCAUUGACAAAUUGCAGUCUCCUUUCUGGAAUGAGGCCAAAGCUGAGGUGCGUGAAAGCAAAGCUCUGUCUUCUGCUUUUCUACAGUGUGUAUUCGAAGCCCACAAAUAUGUGCCUUUGGAAUCCAUCGUGAAUCAUCCGGUGGUGACUUUUCCCAGCAAGAUCGGUGCAGUAGUCACAGCACUCGAUUGCUAUCAACUCGGCUGCUGUCUAGCACACAGCACUUGCACUCUGGAUUUACGCCAACGCCUCAACACCGAGAUGCUUCAUCAUUUAGCACUUGGUCUAAGCUCCAAAUUGCUUAUCAAAAGCACCUUGAGCACACUCUUUCUUCGACCACCAAUCACAACAAAAACCAUAGAAGAGCUAAGAAAUUUACCACUGAGCUCUUUGGAAGGUCUCGAUGUGAGCCAUUGCAAUCUGGACAAAGAUACAACUGAGGCACUAGCGGAAGCUCUACCUGACAUGACAUCACUGAAACAGAUGGACAUUCGCGGCAACCAGGCCAUAGGCGAGGGGGGGCUAGUCAAAGUACUGUCAGCACUUUCAACUUUGAAAUCAUUGGAGGAAUUGAACUUGAUUAACACUGGAAUGCGGUGUGAAGACAUUAACGCACUAACCCCUAUUCUCUCUGAACGAGGUCACCUCAGAAUAUUGAAAAUAGGUGAUGAAAAUCAACCUCAAGACUCAGUGAGCAAUCUACUCCAGACCACUUUCACCAGUCACUCACUCCACUCGCUACACAUCUGGCUAACUAAUCUUGAGCCUCACUGCUCCGAAAUAAACACCCUACUUUCAAACGAACAAAUUACAAUUAAGACCCUUGAAUUUCACGGUUGCAAAAUCGGGCAAGAUGGUUCUUGUACAAUAGCGGAGGGGAUGUCUUACAACGACUCCCUGGAAAGAUUAGUGUUUAGCAUGUUUGAUGUGCCCUCUAUAUACCAUCUAACUAACCACGGAGCACUGGCUCUAGCAGAAAUGCUCGAAGUGAAUAGAAAAUUAACGAGUUUGGAAAUUUCGUUUGAUCGAACUAUCGACAGAAAAGGAGCUUUAGCUCUUAUGUGUGCUCUAGAACACAAUAAGACAUUGAAUGCACUUAAAAUCCCCCAGCAGAACUUCACAAUGAUUGAAAUGUCUGUAAUGGACCCUCGAAUUGAAUGGGCAUAGCAACACUCUAUAAUUAUUAUAGGUAUACCAUGCAUAAUGCCUGUUCAUUUACGUGACAUGCUUUAUUUCCCCGAUUAUGUGCGCAUGCAUCUUUCCUCUUUAUUUGUCCAAUGGUUUACAUGCUUCUCAUAUUGUCUUCAAUUAACUGUGAA